CACAAACAAACAGAGCUGAGUCAGUGCAGUAGUAGGUGUCACUGAGUCAUGGCUUCAUUUUACCACCUGUUGCUUGUUACGUCUCUGCUGCCGCUGGUGCUGAGUUACCCGUUCAUCCCACAAACAUGCUACACCAAGGUCCUGAACAUGGCACGGGAGCUCACCCAGUGGGCGUCAUACCUAAAGAGGGACCCUGAAACUAGUUACUGCAUGGCCCACAUGCCUGAGCUCUAUCUUGAUGUCCAUAACGCGUGUGUGAUGUACAAGAUGAGGACCUACAUCUCCCUGGUGGAAGGCAUGCGACAACGCCGCUGCUCUUACACCCGAGACGUGAGGAAGAUGGGCGUCACUCUGAGACAGCUCUUCAUCAUCAUGUCAGAGAAAUGCCAUGGGGACUUGGUGUUCACAAUUUAUGACUGUGAAGCCCUGGAGAGACCCUAAUCUGGAUCAGAAAAGAACAACAUUACUGACAGAGAGAAAGAAAGAGAGGAGACGGCGGAAGAAUCUAGAUCAUUCUAUUAAACUAAAUUUUCAUCAUGUGGUCUUGGCUGUGACAUGUUUUGCUACCACUUUAUCUGUACCCUGGACUCUGAUUUUCUAUAUGAAACUAUAUUAAAAUGCUUUAUUUCUGGU